GUGCUGGCACUUGGUCUAAUCCUUCUAUUACUGACGGCAAUGCUUUUCACGAGCCCGAUGACUGGAGCAGAUUCCCCAGGAUGUCGUCCCGUGUACAUGUAUCCAUCGUAUGCUCGGAUUACGUCGUUUGACGAGUCCCAUACCAAAUUUGCAUCUAAAUACUCGCUAUAUCUCUAUAGAGAACAGGGUAAGGAUCCAAUUCCUGAUGAAAAUAAUGGAUACGAGCGUUUGGACGGAAUACCCGUCCUCUUCAUUCCAGGUAAUGCUGGGAGCUACCGUCAGGCUCGUUCUAUAGCAGCACAGCUGUCAAAUCUCUACUUUGACAAAAAAGUACAUAACAGUGGAGCACGUAACUUUGAUUUUUUCACAGCUGACUUCAACGAGGACUUCACGGCGUUUCAUGGCCGUACCAUGCUCGACCAGGCUGAAUUUCUAAACGAAGCCAUACAUUUCAUACUAGGUUUGUAUUCCAAUACGGACAACCCUCCGAAAUCGGUUAUAAUAGUUGGCCACUCGAUGGGUGGUGUAGUAGCCCGAGUCAUGCUCACUUUACCCAACUAUACCGACGGAACUGUGAACACCAUCAUCACGUUGGCUUCGCCUCACGCAGCCGCUCCGCUAACGUUUGAUGGGGAUAUCUUAAAAAUAUACUCUGCUGUAGAUCGGUUCUGGUUCGAUGGAUUCCAUCCGACUACGCUGGAUAUUUCUCAGACAGCACAUCGUAGAUUGCACGAUGUUUCAUUGAUUUCCAUAACUGGAGGUUUAACUGAUACAACGUUGCCAGCUGACUAUACUACUUUGAGCUUUUUGGUGCCUCCUUCAAAUGGAUUCACCGUGUACAGCACAGGAAUCCCUAAUGUUUGGACCAAUGUGGACCACUUGGCCAUUGUUUGGUGCCAUCAAUUGCGGACCCAAAUAGCCAAAGCCAUGCUAGAAAUCGCGGACUUCUCCUCUCCUUCAAGAACGUAUCUGUUAGAAAGACGAAUGCAGGUGUUUAGAAAUAACUUCUUGACUGGAUAUGAAGACUACGCCAGCCAGGAUCUUGUUCCUAACAUAGAACAGCAACAGAACUUGGCUAUGAAAUUGGACUUGGCUCAAAUCAAGUCAUUCAACAUAAACGGCGAUAAAAAGCUCAGGAUCACGAAAGAUAAUCAAAACAGUAAAUGGAACAUAUUCCAACUAGGCAACGAUGCAAAAUUGCAAUUGGAUGUGUUAAGCUCGCUUGAACCAACUGAAUGGGAAUCUUGGUUAGCUGACGAAGAAUCCAAUAGACCAGUCAUUUUACUAUGUUCCAAUUUGGGUGAAAACAAUCAGGAGCUUGAUUUGACGGAUUUCACUAAUGACCAGACUAACGAAUUCGUAGAGUUAAAAUGUAUUGACACCGCCAGAGACGUCCAUUUAGUACCUCGGUCUAUGCUGGAUUCAAAAUCAUUAGGCGAGUCUUCGUUUGGCGGAGAAAAGACUCCAUUCUAUUCGUUGCAAUACAACGACACGAUACUAACUCGCUAUGAUCUUGUUGUAGUUGCUCAAAGAAAUAUAGCAACAGAUAGCGACUUUGUUAUAGCAGAACUUGCUGAUCAGAAAUCCACUAUUUUCGAGCUUGGAAAACACAUGUCUACUCUUUUCCACAGCAAAGCCGAUCUCUCACUAUCGUCUAACCGCCCAUUGUCUGUCAACAUCAAAUUGCCUGCUGCUUGGAGCAGUUUGCUAUCGUAUAAAUUGAAGCUAAACCUCCCUGACAAAACAGAAGGAAAGUUUGCCUCCUUCAUUCGGCAAUGGAUAGACGAACCAUACGAAAGCAAGUGGCAUAUCAAUGUGGAAAAAAACAAUGUAAUCACAUUGAGAAUGCACGGAAUCUCUCCAUUCGUACCUUUCAAAGUAAAGGAUGACUACGGGUUGAAUAUCCAACUAUGGUCUGACACAAACACCAAGGAAGAGAUACCAUUGGAUAUUGAGCUCUCUGUGGAUUUGAUCGACAGUUUCAGAUUGUUUGUCAUGAGAUAUCGAUUAUCGAUUGUAGCCACAUGUGUUCUGAUUUCAUUGUUGGCCAUGCUUGUACAAUUUCAAUUGUACUUUAGAACCGGCAAGUUCCCCAACUUUAUCUUUGUGCUUUCAUACCUCAACACCGGCUGGCCACUCGCGAUGAUCAUAUCUAUCCUCAUAGGCCUUAAUCCCAUAGUCAAGUUGGGUUGGGUGCAAUAUUUGCUCAACUUCAUUGAUCCCGUGGUAUUACUGGAUGCCAAUGAAGUCAACCUUUCGCUCAAACAAGAGUUCCGGCUCAACUCGUUCUACUUGGGUCUAGAAGAGUCCAGUCUCUGGUUCAUUGGCAUCAUGCUUUACUUCAUUGGAACCUUCUUGGUCGUAGCCACCUACUAUUUAUUAUCAGCUAUCAGCGUCUUGGGAUACGCUUUGGUGAAUCAUUUGCCUAAAACUACUUCUCCCACAAAAACUCGCAUCGUCGUCACCUUCUUGCUAAUCAUGAUGAUACCAAUUUAUAUCCCGUACCAGAUCGUAUACAUUAUCAGUUGUGUUAUCCAGGCUAUCAACGUUUUGAAAUCGGUUAACAACUCUCAGUUGUUCAACUACCAGAUCUCGCUCUUGAUUCUCAUGUUGUGGAUUCUCCCGGUGAACAUCCCCAUUGUUAUUGUGUUUGUCCACAACUUGUCGGUCAACUGGAAGACGCCGUUCUCGUCGCACCACAACUUGCUUUCCAUAGUUCCGGUGUUAUUGUUAACAGAGAGGAACGGGCUCUUGUCUCGUUUGCCAAAGAAAAAAGACCAGUUCUUCUUCAAGUGGUAUAUGGGGUACUUUAUCUUCUACUGUUUGAUCUACGGCAGUCGGCACACGUACUGGCUCCAUCAUUUGUUCAACUUGAUGAGUUGUUUGGUGUUGGUGCUUACGUUUGGCGAUGAAGAGAAGAAGGAAGAAGUCAGCAUUACAUAGCAUCACUAGCAUGUACAUAAUAUAAGCAUUAACAUAGAU